UUUUUUUAAUAGGAAAAACAAGAGUUUUGCUGGCGUCUCGAAGCAUGAAAAAGAGCAGAUUUUUGCCUUAUAAAUAUUGAACGAAUACUGAAGUUCCUCACCACUUUUCCAUUUCGACUCCCUUGAUUUCAGCAAUAGCCUCAGCCACCUUCGUUUAGUAGAUGCCGAUGGAAGUCGAAGCGGCGCCUGUUCCUGUCCACAUUAACGGAGAAAAGGCGGAGAUCUUGGCGGAGGACUUCGAUCUGAGGGCUGUGAUUAAAGAGCCUUUGCCACCGGUUGUGACGGCGGAGGAAGAGGUGGCUGGUGAAGAGGAGACGAAACAAAAUGGGAGAGAGAUUGUGUUAGGGAGAAACUUGCACACUGAGUGUCUUGAGGUCACAGAACCAGAUGCUAACGAUGAGCACACUGGAGAUAAAGAAGCUUAUAUGGCUAGCGUUUUGGCUAGGUAUAGAAAGACCUUGAUGGAAAGGACAAAGCAUCAUUUAGGUUAUCCUUAUAAUUUGGAUUUCGACUACGGUGCUUUAGGACAGUUGCAGCAUUUCUCCAUAAACAAUCUUGGUGAUCCAUUUAUUGAAAGUAACUAUGGUGUCCAUUCAAGACAAUUUGAAGUUGGUGUUUUAGAUUGGUUUGCCCGUCUGUGGGAGAUAGAGAAAGAUCAAUACUGGGGUUACAUAACCAACUGUGGUACAGAAGGAAAUCUUCAUGGGAUUCUAGUAGGGAGGGAAGUGCUUCCAGAUGGAAUUCUGUAUGCAUCACGAGAAUCACAUUAUUCUGUCUUCAAAGCAGCUCGUAUGUAUAGAAUGGGAUGUGUGAAGAUUGACUGUCUGGUUUCUGGUGAAAUCGAUUGUGCUGAUUUUAAAGUUAAACUACUCGCUAACAAGGACAAACCAGCUAUCAUCAACGUUAAUAUAGGCACAACUGUCAAAGGAGCAGUUGAUGACCUUGAUCUUGUAAUACAAACGCUUGAAGAAAGUGGAUUUACGCAUGAUCGGUUCUACAUCCACUGUGAUGGAGCGUUAUUUGGACUUAUGAUGCCUUUCGUCAAGCGUGCACCAAAGGUUUCUUUCAAGAAGCCUAUCGGAAGUGUGAGUGUUUCUGGUCACAAGUUUGUUGGCUGUCCAAUGCCAUGCGGUGUUCAGCUAACAAGGUUGGAACACAUUAAUGUUCUCUCAAGGAACGUCGAGUACCUUGCUUCAAGGGAUGCCACAAUCAUGGGGAGCCGCAAUGGUCACGCUCCUAUCUUCCUUUGGUACACCCUCAACAGAAAAGGUUACAGAGGAUUCCAGAAAGAAGUACAGAAAUGUCUCAGAAAUGCUCAUUACUUGAAGGAUCGCCUACGUGAUGCUGGGAUUAGUGCAAUGUUGAAUGAGUUGAGCAGUACUGUUGUGUUUGAGCGGCCUAGAGAUGAGGAGUUUGUUCGUAGGUGGCAACUAGCUUGCCAAGGAAGUAUUGCUCAUGUGGUGGUGAUGCCCAAUGUCACUAUUGAGAAGCUGGAUAAUUUCUUGAAUGAAUUAAUUGAGAAGCGCUCAACAUGGUACCAGGAUGGACAACUUCAGUCUCCUUGUAUUGCAACUGAUGUUGGGAGUGAGAAUUGUGCUUGUGCUUUGCAUAAGUGACGAGUUUAAAUGGUUGAGAACUAUUAGUCUGUUGUACCAGUUGUUUUAUUUUGUAACAGAAGGUUGAUUAUUUUAGAAUCAAUUUAGAUUUCUUUACUGAGGCCUUUUCGUUCU